AAGUAUGCUGUCGGAGGUUUUAGUGCGCCAGGGUAGAUCAUAAGAAGCGUCCUGUGCUUUCGGAGCUGCCUGUUAACGCUGAAUAUACGAUCUAUUAACCUAUCGACGAGUUUGGAUUUAUUAUCGGAAAGCCCGCAGAGGGGGAGGAAUUGACGUGCGGACCGAUAUUAGGCUGAUCCGGCGGAGCGGCGCGGAGCUCUGCAGCCAUGUCUUCAAACACCCAGAACGGCUCGAAGCGGGAGGAGAAGGGCAGGAACAUCCAGGUGGUGGUGCGAUGCAGACCUUUCAACACCAUGGAGCGGAAGUCGUCCUACGGCGUCAUCGACUGCGAUCAAAACCGGAAAGAGGUGAUCGUGAGGACGGGAGGGAUGAACGACAAGGCGUCGAGAAAGACCUACACGUUUGACAUGGUUUUUGGGCCGUCUGCCAAGCAAAUCGACGUGUACCGGAGCGUCGUCUGUCCCAUCCUGGACGAAGUCAUCAUGGGAUACAACUGCACCGUGUUUGCCUACGGUCAGACGGGUACGGGAAAGACGUUCACCAUGGAGGGAGAGAGGAGCCCAGACGAGCAGUUUACCUGGGAGGAGGACCCGCUGGCCGGCAUCAUCCCGCGGACGCUGCACCAGAUCUUUGAAAAGCUUUCCGAGAACGGCACCGAGUUCUCCGUCAAAGUCUCCCUGCUGGAGAUCUACAACGAGGAGCUGUUUGACCUCCUCAGCCCCACCGAGGACGUCAGCGAGCGACUGCAGCUUUUCGACGACCCUCGAAACAAGCGCAGCGUGGUGGUGAAGGGUCUGGAGGAGGUGACGGUCCACAACAAAGAUGAAGUCUACCAGAUCCUGGAGCGAGGAGCAGCAAAGAGGAGGACGGCCUCCACGCUCAUGAACGCCUAUUCCAGUCGCUCCCACUCCGUGUUCUCCGUCACCAUCCACAUGAAGGAGAUCACUCUGGAUGGAGAGGAGCUCGUGAAGAUCGGAAAACUCAAUCUGGUGGAUCUCGCUGGCAGUGAAAACAUCGGGCGUUCCGGUGCCGUGGACAAGCGAGCUCGCGAGGCGGGAAACAUCAACCAAUCGCUGCUAACGCUGGGCCGUGUGAUCACCGCGCUGGUGGAGAAGAGGCCUCAUGUCCCCUACAGAGAGUCCAAGCUCACCAGAAUCCUGCAGGACUCGCUGGGAGGACGGACAAAAACCUCCAUCAUCGCCACCGUGUCGCCGUCCUCCAGCAACCUGGAGGAGACGCUGAGCACGCUGGAGUACGCCAGCAGGGCCAAAAACAUAAUGAACAAGCCCGAGGUCAACCAGAAACUCACCAAGAGGACGCUCAUUAAGGAAUACACGGAGGAGAUCGCGCGCCUGAAACGUGACCUGGCCGCCACUCGGGACAAGAACGGCGUGUACCUGUCCUCGGAAAACUACGAGAGCAUGAUGACUCAGAUCAGCUCUCAUGAGGAGCAGAUCGUGGAGUACAACGACAAGAUCGCCAUCAUGGAGGACGAGCUCAAGAAGGUCACGGAGCUGUUUGUGGACAGUAAAACUCGACUGGAGCAGUGUGCCGCGGACCUGGAUGAAAAGCAGCAGAGGCUGGAGGAGACGAGCAGAGACCUGCAGGAGACACAGGUGAAGCUGAGUCAGGAGGAGUUCGUCUGCGCUGAGCUCUCCUCCGCCCAGGAAGCGCUGUAUGACACAGCCGGUCAGCUCCUGAGUACGGUGGACGCCAGCACGAGCGACGUGUCGGGCCUCCACGAUAAGCUGGACAGGAAGAAAAAGGUGGAGCAGCACAACAGGGAGAUCCAGCAGAGCUUCGCCCAGCGGAUGGAGGGCGCCUUCAGCGCCGUGCAGCGCUGCAUUCAGCAGCAGGGAGACAAACAGCGCCACAUGCUGAGCAGCUACUCGCAGGCCAUCGACGGUUUGCUCAUGACGAACGAGGCGGGGCUGAAAGGCGCUCUGACCACUGUGGAGUCCUUUGUGGGCGGAGUCAGGCCGCUGGUGGCCGAGGGCGUGGCCCGCUUUCAGGAGAAGGUGCAGCAGAAUGAGGCGUUGUGUCUGCAGGACAAGGAGAGCGUGCUGCAGCUGCUGGAGGAGCACCGACAGGACAUGGAGGAGGUCCUGGUCGUCCACACUCUGAUGGGUUUAUCAGCAGCCAAAGAGCUCAACGACAGUCUGAGAACAUCGGUGGAGAAGCAGCGAGCUCUGGCUGACAAAGUGGAGGCGAUGAAGGAGGUGGCUGUGGCUUUCAGCAGCUUGGUCCAGGAGCUGGCGGGGCUGCGGGAGGUCGCCGUGCAGAGUCUGAGCGCCCUGCAGGCCGAACGCGACAAGCUGGAGGACGAGAUCAGACAGGCGCAGGACAGACAGCAGAAGGGUAUGAAGCAGACCAUCCAGUGCAUCCAGGAUCAGCUGAACCUGCUGGCUAUGGAGGCCCAGAAGGACUACACCGAUCUGUGCUCGACCUCCAGAGUCCUGCAGAAACCCCUGCAGAGCCUCCAGGAGAACAUCAGCAACGGUUGCAGCGCAGUCGAACAUCAGGUCUCGGCCCAGGCAGACCUCCUGUCCUCCACCUGCUCCUCCCUUGCCUCCUCCCUGCGUGUGACCGCCGGUGAGAGUCAGCAGUCUCUGGAGGAGAUGUCAGGCUGCUGCUCCCACAUCCACAGCUCCGUGUCCGGUCUGGUGGAGCGUGACCUCCAGUGGAGCUCCAGAGUAAAGGAAUGCAUUGAGAACCAAGCCCAGGAACACCUCACACUGCUGGGCAAGAUUUCCACUGAAGCUCAGGUGCUGCAACAGAGUGUUGAGAAUCGCUGCUCGGAGCAGCUCCGAGCGGCCGAGGCGGAGCUGUCCGACCGGCAGGAGGAGGCGACGCGAGCUCUGAUGGCUGUCCAGAACCAGACCGCCCUGGACCGGACCGCCCUGGACCAGCAGCAGGCGGAGCUCCAACACCACGUGGACACAAGCGAGCAGCUGGUACACGGCUUCCUGCGGGAUGAGCUGCAGGAAGACGUUCCCACCGGUGCGACUCCUCAGCGUCGGGAGUUUGUGUAUCCCCGUCAGCUGGUGAAGUCUCGACGCCGCAGCGAGCUGCUGGAGAGCCUGAGGAGGCAGCAGGAGGAGCUGCAGGCCGCCAUGGAGGCGGAGGAAGAGGAGGAGCUGGAGGAGGAAGACAAGCAGAGCCAGACUGACCCUGACUCUCUGGAAGACGAGCUGAGCACGUGCAACGAAAGUUUGGGCACAGAGCCGUCCUUCAUCGACGAGAACCUCGUCUUCAAUGAGAGCAAGCGGGGCCCCUUCUUCAAGACGAAGAAGGGAGGUAAGAAGGAGACGAAGAUCCCGGCCCGGCCCAAAGCGUCUGAAAACGAAGCCACGUCGACGCCUCAGAAAUCCCGGCUCCCACUCCGCUGUCAGAACUAAACCCGUUUCUCUUAUUUCUUUAUUUUAAAUAACUUUAUUACUGUUUGUUUUCUUACCUCCUUAAUGUUAAACGUGUGUCUUCUCAUGAACUGUUUUAGUGUGUUUGUCUCAGCAUCCUUCAAAUUGUAAAAUUAAAGAGGU